UCUGGACCGAUGUUUGGAUGAAAUUGGAAAUUUGUAAUGGAGCGAGCAACACAACACAAAAUUUUGGAAUGAAUUUACUUCGGCGCCGGAGAUGAUGUUCGCACAAUCCGAUGGUCGUCAGGAGCCGCUACCAUGUUCCAGCUCGAUUGCUCGCUGUACGGUGUCUUGUAUCUCAGUCUUCCUCACUCAGUUAGCCCUCUGUGCAGUUCCUCUCUUCUUUACUGCCUCCCCGCUUCUCUUCCAGCUCCCGCUCUCAGCUCUGCUGCUUCUGCUGGUUCUGGGAUUUGGUGGAUGGUUUAGGAGGCUCCUUGGAAUUCAUGCAUCGGCACCAGCUUUUGUUUUCUUCAGUAUAAUCUUUACCUGGGGUGUUUAUAUCUUCAUUAUUCGCAAAGCGAUUUCACGCUUUAUGGACAUUGCGUUCAAUGCAGAAGUUGUAAUUCUAAUAAUUGGUUUGUUUAGAAUCAUGUCAAAGGAUCCAGGUUUCGUGGUGCAUCAAUCUUCUUGUUCCUCCAAUGAAGUUGAUGAUAUCUCGGUUGUGGGAUUUGAAGAUCAGAAUGAGCACAGGGUAAGAUACUGCAAGAGCUGUAGAGCAUAUGUGAAGGGGUUUGAUCAUCAUUGUCCAGCCUUUGGUAACUGUAUAGGCCAGAGUAAUCAUGCUCUCUUCAUGGUUCUUCUUCUUGGAUUUCUUACUACUGAAGCUUCUUAUAUUGUCUGCGCAUCACAGUUUACCAGACAACCACUGGUUUUGGAAGGAAUUCAGUUGGAGGCUAAUCCCUCUGCAAUAUUGGCAAAGAGCACUAUGAUAUUCUCCGUUCUCCAAGUGUUAUGGCAGGGAUUGUUUCUCGCAUGGCAUGUAUAUUGUGUAUGCUUCAAUAUCAGAACUGAUGAGUGGGUAAAUUGGAAGAAGUACCCAGAGUUUCAAAUGAGUGCUUCAUCCCAAUCUGGGGAAAAUCAUGUCAGGAUGAGAUUUAUAAAUCCAUAUGAUAAAGGGAUUGUGGAUAAUGUGAAAGAAUUCUUAACAUUAAAUGUAUAAAAAUGUUAAUUGAUAAACUAGAGUUAAGAGAGUUGAUGUAAAUUUCAGGUAAGCAAUGAUUUUGCCCAAUUCUGGAAUGAACUCUUGUAUACGCAUUAGAUGACCAAGAGAGAACAACAGUCAAUUAUUUAGGGUAUUUUAUUCUAUUGCUUUUGCUUGAAUGCUUGCUCUAGCACAAACACAUGGGAGACAAACAGAGAAACGUACUGAUAGAAUGAGAUUAUUAUUCUUUUUUAGCCUAAGAUCUCAAUGGGUUUGAUCUCAGGUAUCUUUGCCCCCUCCUUAGGAAGAGCGAUAAUGAGCACACCAUUCUCCAUGGCAGCCUUAACCUGAUCCACCUUUGCAUUCUUCAGCAACCUGAACCUCCUCAGGAACUUGCCACUGCUCCUCUCAACCCAGUGCCACUAAUCAUUUUUCUCCUCUCUCCACUGAUCUGAAGAAUCUUCCCUUGUUUGACUUUUCAACUUUCACCUCUUCUUUCUUCAGCUCUGGAAGGUCAGCCUUGAAGAUAUGUGCUUCCGGAAUCUCUUUCUAGUCAAUCCUAGCAUUGACAAAAGUUAAUGUUUCCUGUGCUGAAGAGGGCACGUUGACAAGUGAAGAGUUGAAGAAACCAUCAAAUGAAUCCCUUAUGUCCAGAGAAAAUGGAUCGACGAUUUUAAUUCUUCAACCACCAAGAACGCUUGGGAUGAGCGACAUGAUUGAAAACCUUGAAGGGAAAGAGGAUAGCAUUGCUUUGAUUCUUUUAACCAUGGAUAUGCGAGGAGAUGAGCAAGCUAUAUAUAAAAGAGUAUAAGUGAGGGUUGUGGGUUUCCAUUAUUCGGAGACUGGAAAAGAAAAGUCUGGUAACUUCUUGUGUGCUAAUUAUGCCGUUAGCUGGUGGACAAGAAAGUUCAUUGUUUGCAAACUUCUACCGCCUUCUACACUGCUUAGUCUACCGAGGAGAAACUUUGCUCUAAUUUAGUCACUAGAAGGAAUAGAAGUGGUUGGACGGG